AGUCUGGGUUACCGCCCACUCCUUUCUCUGGUUGUGCAGCAGUUUAUGCACAGUUGUUGCCUUUAAGCAGCUCUGUGAAGACCGAGUGGGUACAAAAUGGCAUCCCAGCAGCUCUAUCUGAGGUUAAUAGGGCUGGCUGUAUUGGUGACACUGUUGGCACUAAAAGAUGUAGCUGGUGACAGCAGCUUGCACAAGAUCUUAAGGAAAAGAGAUGUGGCGGGACCUGGUACUACCCUAUCAAAGUCGUCUGUUGCCGUCCCUUCUUCCAAGGCUAAAGAGUUCCUGGCAAAGCUAAGCAGAACCAAGAGGAACAUUUGGGAUCGCAGCAGACCAGACGUACAGCAGUGGAUUAUGCAGUUUAUGUAUAUGGGAUUUGAUGAGCAGCGGCUGGAGGCUGACCUGUCGUACUGGAUGGACCACGCACGCUCCAGUGACCAAGGGCGUCAGCAUCACUAUGAUGAAAAUUCCCCCAUCAGCCCACGUGACCCCAGUUCUUAUAGACACGGAGCUAAUGUCAACUACGACUACUAUUAACUCCAGUCAUACACAAACACAUUUGUGAAGAGUAAAAGGGGUUUGUGUCUUUAUGUAAGUCAGUCAUCUUUGACCUGCCACACAUCUGCUCUGGCACCUUUGUCUUGAUUUGUUACACCCACCAGUACAACUCAUUCCCAAGUCUUUCUCUUCAUUCCCACAUAUUAGAUACAAAAAUGGACAUAGUCUGGCAUUAUUGUAAAUAAAGAUGUGACUUUGUACUGCCCAAA